AUGGCGAACAAAAGGAGCUUAUUACACCUUCAAGCUUAUCAGAAAGCAAAGCUGGGGAAGGAGUUAACAGGAGUUAAAGUCAGCAGGGGGGCGCCAGUCAUCACUCAUCUAUUCUUUGCUGAUGACUCCUUGGUGUUCUGCAAAGCUAGCAAACAAGAAGCUGAGAAACUGAUCAUGAUACUUAAAGAGUAUGAAGAGGCAACUGGGCAGUUUAUUAACUUGGAAAAGUCAUCAGUGUUUUUUAGUAAAAAUACAAUGCCAGCUGUGAGGAGUGAGGUCUGUCAGGCACUGGGGUCAAUUAAACAGGUAGAGCAAGGCAAAUACCUUGGACUGCCCAUGAUUAUUACAAAAUCUAAGAGCCAGGUUUUUGGAUUCAUAAGGAACACUAUAGACAAGAAACUGCAAGAAUGGAAAAAUAAGCUUCUGAGCCAGGCAGGGAAAGAGAUUAUGCUAAAAGCUGUGGCAAUGGCCAUGCCUACCUACACAAUGUCCUGUUUCAGAAUGAAUUCAAAGCUGUGCAGAUAA